CCAGAAUUCUCUGACGUAGCUGCAAAGAGAUAAGUUCCUGGGGUACAGGUCCUGUAGCUACUAACAAGUGAGUUAAGGGCUUGUGUUUUGUUUUGUUUGUAGUGGCGGUGACGGGUAGCAAUUUUAUGUAUUGGAUUUGUUAUCUCUUGCCAAUGGGAUAAAAGAUUGCGGAGUUGGAAAGAGAUUUUUUGUUGUACCUGCUGGAAUGGUCUCUGGAAGGAAACAGUAUGGGUCAGAAUCCUGGGGUACAAGAGCCCAGUUCAGAAGGAUGGACCUUUUUACUUUGCAACAGGUACAAACAAUACUGAUGGGUGUGUUGACUGUGGACUGAACAGCUGGCUGCUACUAUGGAUGAGCAGCAAGCUUUGAAUUCUAUUAUGCAGGACUUGGCUGUGCUUCAUCAUCAGUCCAGCCGUCCUGCCUUACCUGUACAUGAAACAGGAAAGCCAAAAACCUCUUCGCCUAAAAAUCAGAAUGACGUUCGAGUUAAAUUUGAACAUCAUGGUGAAAAAAGAAUUCUCCAAUUUCCCAGACCAGUCCGGCUUGAGGAUCUUAUUUCCAAGGCUAAAGUUGCUUUUGGGCAACCCAUGAAUCUUCAUUACACAAAUAAUGAGCUGGUCAUCCCAUUAACCACACAGGAUGAUUUAGAUAAGGCAGUAGAGUUGUUGGACCGAAGCAUACAUAUGAAAAGUUUAAAAAUUCUUCUUGUCCUCCAAGGAAAUGCGCAGUCAUUCAGCAGCAGCAUAGAGCCAUUGCCAACGCUGGAAGGCCUAGAUAACACAGUGUUUGGAGGUAUGGAUGGAAAAAAGAGGUUUUAUUUAAUAAGUACCCAUUCAACUGAUAGGAGUUCACCACCUCCAGGUUACAUUCCGGAUGCACAGCAACAGGUUGUUGCAAGAAAUGGGUCUUUCACUAGUAUUAACAGUGAAGGUGAAUUCAUUCCUGAAAGUAUGGAUCAAGUAAUGGAUCCGCUAUCACUAAGUAGUCCUGAAAACUCAGGUUCUGGAAGUUGUCCUUCACUUGAUAGUCCCUUAGACAGUGACAGUUAUCCUAAGUCCCGAAUGCCAAGAGCUCUGAGCUAUCCAGACAACCAUCAGGAAUUUUCAGACUAUGAUGUGCCUGUUUUUGAGAAGUUUGGAAAAGGUGGGACUUAUCCCCGAAGGUACCAUGUCUCGUACCAGCACCAGGACUACAAUGAUGGUCGUAAAACCUUCCCUAGGGCUCGAAGGACACAGGGUACCAGUUUCCGAUCUCCAAUCAGUUUUAGCCCAACAGAUCAUUCUGCAAGUACCAGCAGUGGAAGCAGUAUCUUUACUCCAGAGUAUGAAGAUGUCUGGAUGAGGAGAGGAAGUGACAUUGACAAUCCAACACUUUGCAUGGACAUCAGCCCACCAAGUAGCCGCUCUCCACGUGCACCAACAAACUGGAGGUUAGGAAAGCUGCUUGGUCAGGGUGCUUUUGGCAGAGUGUAUUUGUGUUAUGACGUUGAUACAGGAAGGGAGCUGGCCGUGAAACAGGUUCAGUUUGAUCCAGAUAGCCCUGAUACAAGUAAGGAGGUGAGCGCCCUUGAGUGUGAAAUCCAGCUGCUGAAAAAUCUGCUGCAUGAAAGAAUUGUCCAGUAUUAUGGCUGCUUGAGGGACAUCCAGGAAAGAACUCUGUCCAUUUUUAUGGAGUAUAUGCCAGGGGGUUCAAUUAAGGACCAGUUAAAAUCCUAUGGUGCACUUACAGAGAAUGUGACUCGAAGGUUCACACGACAGAUUCUAGAAGGAGUACAUUAUUUGCACAGUAACAUGAUUGUACAUAGAGAUAUCAAAGGAGCAAAUAUUUUGAGGGAUGCAGCAGGCAAUGUGAAAUUGGGAGACUUUGGUGCAAGCAAACGUUUACAGACGAUAUGUCUGUCAGGAACAGGCAUUAAGUCUGUUACAGGGACCCCUUACUGGAUGAGUCCUGAAGUAAUUAGUGGAGAGGGCUAUGGUAGGAAAGCAGAUAUCUGGAGUGUUGGCUGCACUGUUGUAGAAAUGCUUACAGAGAAGCCUCCGUGGGCUGAAUUUGAAGCUAUGGCUGCUAUCUUUAAAAUUGCUACUCAGACUACUAGUCCCCAACUCCCUCCCCAUGUUUCAGACCAUUGUCGGGACUUCCUGAAGAGAAUUUUUUCGGAGGCCAAGCUGAGACCUUCUGCUGAGGAACUCUUGAGGCACGUGUUUGUGCAUUAUCACUAGCGCUAGCCUCCACUUUGUUUUUUUGUCUGAUGCAUUUAUUUUCUAUCUUGACUGCACUUUUUUAAGAGAAAAAUGUGUAAAACUUUUUUUUGAUUCAAGGUCUUUCCUUGGUUGUAAUUAAUAAUGUAAGAUUCUCUAUUUAUAAUAAUGUACCUUUUUUGUUUUUGAUUUUUCACCUGGAGGAAUCUGAAACUUUUUUAAUGGCGUAUGCAAUUGAUCUGGAUUAUAUCACAUUGAUGUGAAGCACUUUAUUACAUACCCCAUUCCUCAUGUUGAAGUCAGUUAUACGAUGAGUCUUAACCCAGUGUCAUCAUUUUAACUUUUAUACAUCUUCGUUGCUGUAUUCAGGACUUAUACUGGUUACCAGUGCUGCUGUUUAUUUCUCUAUUCUCACCAUUUGAAGUUUGCUGUUAAAUGGUCAGAGGAUCUGGGUUGUAUUUCUGCUUUUAAUGCAUUGUUUUGUUGCAGUUUUAUUUAUUUUUAACUGCGUUUAUUAUGUUUUGCUUGUUAUUUUACCAUUUGCAGACUGGGUUGUUGUGAAUUUCAAGUCCUUCACAUUCCUGCUCUUACCCCUUCCAUCUUACCCGUCUUGUGAAAGAUUUAUUGCAUAGAGACCUACUGUAACUUUAAUCUUCACAGACUGAAAUUAAUAAAGGGAGCUAAUGGUGAGUUCAGAUAUUUCUUCUUA